AUGUCAUUUCCCUUGCCUCACAAGUCUGGAUAUUACAGCGAUAUCGUCGGCAGGCUCUUGGACCAUCAUCCUUCUUUGCCACACUAUGCUGCCAUCUUCAGGAUUGUAUCAGACCCACAUCGCUCGUUUGCCAACGCUGCCCGGCAACUCAAGCAUCUAGCCCGCCCUGAAUUCGACGUAACCUUCACGCCUCACUACAACAGCUUUACUUUCAGUGGGCAACUCGAGACGGCGCGGCAAUUGCAAGACAGCAAGCGGUGGCGUGCCAUGUUGCUGAACCAACGGCAUGCAGAUAUACCUUACGUUGAUACUACUGCAGCGUCACGCAUACCAUCAGACGACCAGGAGAGGCAUUUCCAGUCGUUACGGACUUGCAAACCAUGGAAUCUCGAAGGACUAGACAUUAUCGACAGUCUGAAGCAUGUCAAAGGUGGUCUCCAUCUAAUUAUGGGGCCAGCAGCCACCGGAAAGAGCAUGCUCAAUCGUGCACUGAGUCUGUACUUUUGGUGCCUGGGCUACCAUGUGCUGUCGAUUUCUCCCGCAAACAGCAAGUGUGACGCCGUUGCGAGCGGACUUACGCCUGCACAGCUCUAUGCUGAGUUCCCUGACUGGAACCUGUCCAAGUUCGAGUUUCUGCGGCUCUUUCCGAGCUCACGGGACAUCGGAGUGAGCAAACUCUCGCGAAAGCAAGCAGCGAAUACCUCAGUCGGUCACAAGGGCGGUGAAGUGCUCUCAUUCCAAGAGUUUCUGAUAGCUCUCGAUGAGAGGGAGCAAGUGCAGGGAACUGUCAAGCAAUACGGCGUCUUGCAGGCGAUGAUCGUCGCUGCAGAGAUGAGGAGGUUGGCUAAGAUGAUGAGACAAAAGAUCGGUGAGGCCGAUGUGGACGCCUGGGCAUGCCUCAGCGAACUGAUCGACGAACACCGCCAACACGCCAUUAAGGCCAGCGAUGUCGCUGCUCAUCAACGGAAGAAGCAAGAUUCCGAUGAGGAGACGCCCGUCGACUGGUCGCACUACGAGGAGGCGUACCGUGCGUGCAAGGACCACAUCAUCAGUCAAAGCCGAUACAUGAUCACCACGUCGGGCAACAUUCACUCCAAGGAGCUCAUCAAGAACUGGUAUGCAGAUGCAGAUGAUGGGACUAAGCGCGUCGGGGUGGUGAUCCUCAUCGACGAGGCGCCUAAGGAUCAGGAGAUUAAUGUCUGGGCUGGCAUUCUGUGCCCGCGAUGGGCACAUGCGGUGAGGGGUGUCUUCCUAUUCGGCGACGAGAAGCAAAUCGGCCCAACAAAUACUUCCACCCGCCAGCUCAACCCAUACUGGGAUCGUCUGAACCUCUCGCUGCCACUUCGCUUGAUCAGAGAAGGCUACCUAGUGUUCAGACUCAGAGAGCAGUACAGCAUACAUGCUGCCCUUGCUGACUUUCCCGGCCAAGAAAUCUACGAUGGCAACAUGCGCAGCGCUGAUGGCAUGAACAAGUCCCUCGAAGUGGUCAAGCCCGGCUUCCGCGAAGCCUUGCUGAACAUCAUCACUCGAGAAGGACAGUUUGAGUUGAAGGCUUCCGAUCAUGACCUCCGGCUGCACUGGAUUCAAGUCUAUGGGAGCCUCGUGGUGCAAGGCAACUCAAGAGGCUCACCAUCGCAUGUCAAGGUCUUCUUCGAGAACAUUUUUCCCAAGCUGUACGACUACUUCUCCUCUCGUGGAGAGAAGCUAUCGGAGAAUGUGACGAUCGUCUGUCCGUAUCGCUGUGCGAAAACCCUAUACCAGACUAAGAUUAACGAGCUUACUGCCUUUCCAUCGCAGUUUACGGUCGAUGACAUGCCACGACUUGAGACUGUCGAUGGUGGUCAAGGCCACUCAUCUUUCAUGGCCAUCCUCGAUGCCACAUUCCCAGAUGGCGACCACCUCGGCUUCAUGACCCCGGCUCGUGUCAACAUCGCCGUCACUCGCGCAACAGAUGUGUUCUGGGUCCUUGGUGGCUCUUUGUUGUGCGAUCGAGAGGAGAACAAGCAGUCGCCACUGGUGAAGUAUCGCCGUGAGAUGUCGAAGGCUGGUAGGGUCCAUGCUCUGCAGGAGGACGCUGUCGGAAGAGAGCUAUGA